AUGGAACCAUUGAAUGAAGAUGAAUUUGAAACGGUUUUAGGAAAUACGGAAUCGUAUAAUAUAUACAAAAAAUUUGAUGAAGAAAACAACUUAGAUGUGUACACCAACUAUUGUGCUGAAUUUAAAACGUCAAAUGAAUUAAAUCAUUAUAAUGAUGGAAAUUAUUGUGUAAAAAUUGCAAAAAAUUUAGAUAAAUUAUAUAAAUUAGAUAAUGCAGAAAGUUACCUUAGUAGUUGUUUACACUACAAAUAUUGGAUUUACAGCAAAAUGUUGAAAUUGUUUAAUUCAGGAAAUAAUAACGUAGGAUAUGCCAUGAAAUAUUUUCUUAAUUUGCAGAAGCAUAUUUCUAAAAAAUUAGAAAAAUACUUUUGUCUCUAUGAUUUUUACCGCUUUGAUUUGGAUGAAUUGAAUGAAUUAAAUGAAGAAAAAUAUUUAUAUGAAUAUUUUAAACAUUACAGUUCUAUUAAUAAUAAAAUUACAUCGAUAGAUAAGGAAAAGGAUACUUAUGUUAAAUACCUUAAAUAUAUUGAUAAAAUAUAUCAAAAACAUAAAAAUGAUUACUGCUGUGACUAUUAUGGUUCAACUGGUAACUGUUAUCAUUAUUUCAAAUGUGAUGAAAAUUAUAAUCCUAAUUAUCUUUUAUGUAAAGUAAAUAAUGACAAGGAACUAUCAAAUUGUAUACCAAAGGAUGCAAUUCUAUCAGAAAAUGGUUCCCAAGGGAAGGAUUCUGGAAUCAUAAAUCCCCUUUAUUUUAGUUGUAAGGAAAUAAAAAGUGAAGAAGGUGUUCCAUUUCUAUCAUGCUUUGUAUUACGAACUACAUCUAAGGACUCUAAAAGAGUAAGACAUGAUAAAACCCAUCAAUCUAUAAAAUUAACUAAUGGCUAUAUGUCGCAAGCUAUAAGGAGCAUUCAGAAUUUUGAGUGUGUUGAAAACGAUGACAAUCAUAAUAUAAAUUUCAGAUCUUUUAAAUGUACUCCAAAAAAUGGUACUCAACAACACAACACAGGACUUGAUUUAAAAGUAGAUAAGUUACAUCCAUCUAGGAAGGAAGAUCAAUUUGAAAAAAAGAGACCAUCAUUUUCUGAAUCCUCAAAAAUAGAUCUUAGAUGGACGAUAGAUGAAAGUAUCUUGGGAUGUCCGGCUAACUCUUCCGAAAAACUUAGGCAUAAGCUUUGUGAAUACAUAUCAGAACUAAAAAGAAAAGGGGAAAUUAAAAAUCACACAAAAACUCAAAUUAAAAAACCUAUUGAUAGCAUUCCCAAACAGGGGAACACAUCAAAAAAAUAUACAGUAUCAAUCGAUUUAGAAAAACUCUCGUGUGACCCUAAGGACUCAGAUUUCUGCAAAAAUUUAAAGAAAUCACUUUUAUCUAAAAUAAAAGAAGAGAAAAAAAAAGGGGAUAACCAGGAUUCAGGAAAUUGGAUAUUAUUUGAUGGAAAUACUGGAACAGCAAGUGUUUCAGAAAGUACCCCUAUAAUAACACCUAAUGUUUUAGAACAAAAUUAUUCUAUAUUUAGUAACUUCAUUUUUCGUGUAGGUAUUGUUGUUACUAUGGUAAUUGGAACCAUAUUCAUAUUUUUUUUAUAUUAUAAGGUAGGCAUUAAUACUUUUAAAAAACAUAAAUAUAUUAUACAUGUAUUUACUGGCUUUGGAAGAUGGUUUGACAAGAUAGUAUUAAAAAAAAAAAAUGCUAAGGCUAAUUUUUAUUAUAAUGCAAAUGAGGGGAUUCCAGCGUAUACACCUGAAUAUAUGUAUUAUAAUUCUAAAAAUAAGAGGUCACGAAUAUCAUAUACUCCUGCAUAA